CGCCACAGCUACUGGGGCCAGAACUCGUACGGUGCCGUGAACAGCGCCGACACCGCGAACUGGCAGAAGUCUCUGGCUUUCUAUUGCCAAGACGACGCCAUUGAUGUCUUCCCGAUGGCCUUCCUGAAUGUUUUCUUUGGUCCAGGCGGUGAACCCUCGCUGAACCUCGCGAACACUUGCAACCCCACCGACAACGCAACUUUCUCUGGGACAAACUUACCGAUCUGCACAUCCGUUGGCACGGACAUCCAGACAUGCCAAGCUAAAGGCAAGAUUAUAACUCUAAGUCUCGGCGGUGCAACGGGAUCUGUUGGGUUCUCGAGCGACAGUCAGGCGGAAGACUUUGCAGAUACCAUAUGGAAUUUGUUCCUCGGAGGAAGCAGCUCCACGCGUCCUUUCGGAGACGCCGUUCUCGAUGGGGUUGACCUCGAUAUUGAGGGUGGCUCUUCGACCGGUUACGCGGCCUUCAUCAACCGCAUUCAAUCGAACGCUGCUGGGGCUAGCAAAAAAUACUAUAUCACCGGCGCGCCGCAGUGCGUGUAUCCGGACGCGUCUCUCGGCGGUGUCCUGAACACUGCGAGUUUCGACGCCAUCUACGUUCAAUUCUAUAACAACCCUUGUGGUCUCCAGAACUUCAACGAAGCCUCCAACUGGGACUUCGGCAUAUGGGACAACUGGGCACGCACCAUCAGUCCUAAUCCCAAUGUCAAGGUCUACAUUGGUGCACCCGCGUCGAGCAGUGCGGCAGGCACCGGCUACGUGCCAAUCAGCACGUUGCAAAACAUUGCGACCCAGAUGCGCAAGGCCUUCCCGUCCUUUGGUGGCGUGAUGCUCUGGGACGCGUCCCAAGCCUAUGCAAACGACCGUUACGAUCUCGCGAUCAAGAACGCGCUUGUGGCAGCCGGCGGUACUGGGUUCACCUUCCCUGCAUGCUCUGCGCCAGCGUUCGUCUCUGGCUCGGCCUACAACGCCGGCUCUCAAGUGUCGUACCAAGGCGGACACCUGUGGACCGCCAACUGGUGGACCGAGGGCGACACACCCGGAGGUGAGUCUUCCAUCUCCCGUCAGCCCUGCGUUUCGAGUGGAAUGGAGAGCUAA